AUGCAAUUGUAUGGAAAGGUGCUGCCAAUUUACGCGCACUACAAGUUCGUGGACCGCAUCUCGCACCCGACCCCAUCUGAGGAAAGGACAGCGGCGUUCGAGAAGCUGCAUGACUACUACUCGCCCAUUGUGCGAGAUGCCACGUUGAAACUGCGCGGCUAUUACCUAAAGGUUGCCCAAUUCUUCUCCAUGACGCGUGACGAUUAUGUGCCGCCGCAGUACCUGGAGUGGGCGAAAAAGUUGCAGGCGGAGGCCCCCGUGGCACUGGAAACAGAUGAAGCGAAGCUUUGCGUCGCACAGGAGCUCGGCCUAGGUGGAAUCGAGGACGCCUUCACCGAUUGGAGUAACAAGCCCAUUGGUUCUGCCUCCAUCGGACAGGUCUACAAGGCACGCAUCAAAUCCACGGGCGAGGUGGUGGCCAUCAAGGUGCAAAUGCCGGGCGCAGAGCGGCUCUUCCGCGUGGACAUCCGGACGCUGAAGAUGUUUACCCGACGACUUGCCUUUCCGUGGGCAUUAGAUCAUAUGUGCGAGCUCGAGAGGAUGUUCGAGUCAGAAUUUGACUACAAUCUGGAGAGAGAGAACAUGGAGAAGGUCCGCACGAAUGUGGGUCAGCGCUGGGGUGAUCGCGUGGUGGUUCCCAAGACCUUCCCAAAGCUUUGCACCAGGCGCGUGCUAUGCAUGGAAUUCAUCGACGGCGAGAAGCUCGUUGAUGGCAUGCUUCGCAGGAUCCGCGUUGCUGCCGCGCAAGCAGGGCAGGAUCCAGAUGAGCUCCUGUCGAAGCACUUGGAGGCCCUGCGCAACGGCAAGCUGCUUCCCCGCAGCGCGCGGGCAGCGCGCUGGAGGGCCAACCUGUGGAAGCUCUACCAGCGCGCCCGAGGGGCGGGAGAUGUGAUCAAUCUCCCGGCGCUCAUGGAGACGCUCAUGCGCAUCCACGGGGAGCAGGUGUUCGUAGACGGGCUCUUUAAUGCAGACCCGCAUCCAGGCAACGUGAUGCUCCUGAACGGCGACUCAAAUGCCGUGGGGCUCAUCGACUUCGGUCAGGUCAAGGAGCUUUCCGUUCAGUUCCGUAUUCAGCUGGCGAAGCUGAUCAUUGCCCUUUCCCGCGGAGAUGAGGCCGAAGUGGUCCGGCUCGACAAGGAGAUGGGCAGUCGCACCCGGUUUGGCAAGGCGGAUGUGAGGUACAAAGUGGUGACCUUCUGGCUGGAUCGGGACACAGAUGACAUCACCUCGGGCCAGUCCUUCCACGACUUCUUGGCCUGGGCAGAAGAGGAGGACCCGCUGGUGGAGAUGCCCCGGGAUCUCCACCUGGUGAUGAGAUGCUCCUGCUUGAUUCGGAACUUGGCGCUGGGCUUCGGCAUCCGCCUGUCCGCCUCCGAAUAUUGGAGGCCGGAAGCCGAAGCGCUUCUGCGGAAACAUGGAGUGGCCUUCUGA